UCUCUUCCGUCUCACUCACUGCUUCCGGUUGCUAUUAUAAGUACUCCGCCACCGAGGACUCCCUCCUCCACCGCCAUGGACGAUGCCCGGCCGCGCUGGGAAACCGGUGGCAUACGACUGCCGGAGCUCCCCAAGGACCCCAUGGAUUUCCUCUCCCGCUCCUGGAGCCCCUCCGCGCUCGAGGUCUCCAAGGCCCUCGCGCCGAUGCAUCCGCUGCCGACGAUGCAGGAGACCAUCCCCGAAGAGGAAGACGAAGAGUUCUCGCCUGCCAUCUCCGGGAACCCCUUCUCUUUCGCCUCCUCCGUCACAUCGCAGAUGGUUUUGGAGCGAAUAAUGUCGCAGUUGGAAGUGUCUCCUCUGGCAUCUGGCCGUCUUUCUCACAGCAGCGGCCCUCUCAACGGCGGAGGAUCGCUCUCCGAUAGCCCUCCAGUCUCCCCCUGCGAAAUGGAUGAGCUCAAGUCGCGCCAGGGCAGUAACACUCCCAAGCCACAGAACUAUAGAGUAACCAGCAAGACCGUAGGAAGGUGGCUCAAGGACAGAAGGGAAAGGAAGAAAGAGGAGACCCGAGCACAGAAUGCACAGCUUCAUGCUGCAGUCUCAGUAGCUGGUGUUGCUGCAGCAGUUGCAGCUGUUGCGGCUGCAACAGCUGGUGUUUCUGGCUCUGGAAAAGAUGACCGUGCCACCAGGAUUGAUAUGGCAGUCGCAUCAGCUGCAACUCUUGUGGCUGCCCAAUGUGUGGAGGCUGCAGAGUUGAUGGGUGCAGAGCGUGAACACCUGACUUCUGUUGUUGGCUCUGCUGUUAAUGUAAGGACUCCUGGAGACAUUGUUACUCUCACUGCAGCUGCUGCCACCGCACUGAGAGGGGCUGCAACCUUGAAGGCAAGGGCACUCAAAGAUGUGUGGAACAUUGCUGCGGUGAUACCUGUAGAGAAGGGAACACUAUGUAAUCACAACCACCAACGCCAAAGCAUUCGACAAAAGGAACUAGACAGCAAUGGCAGAGAUUUUAAUGAUGAGCUUAUUCCUGUGGAAGAUAACUUCUUCGGCAUUUGUAGUCAGGAAUUCCUUGCUAAGGGGACUGAUCUCCUAAAACGCACUCGAAAAGGGGCACUUCACUGGAAGAUAGUCUCAGUUUACAUCAACCGCUUGGAGCAGGUGAUGCUGAAGAUGAAGAGUAGGCAUGUUGCCGGUACUAUUACCAAAAAGAAAAAGAGUGUGAUCAUAGAUGUCUGCAAAGACAUCCAGGCAUGGCCGGGCCGGCACCUCCUCGAAGUCGGCGAGCAGCGUCGGUACUUUGGCUUGAGGACAACAGAGCACCGCAUCAUUGAAUUUGAGUGUUUGAGCAAGAGGGACCAUGAGAUGUGGACGCAAGGAGUGGCGCACCUCCUCAGCAUCGUUAAUGAGAAGAAGAAUAUCAUUUGACUGCGGCCGCUGCCGACACUUAACCAGAUCCAACUCUAGAUCUGAGGAGAGAAGGCUGUGCAUGACCCACAUGAAUUAAAUGGCGAAGCUGGAAAAGAAUGAUUGCCAUCCAUUUGUAAAGUGUCAGAAUAUAUAAUUUAGAUCCUAAUCAAAUUGGAUACUUGCUCUAAAUUUGUUGAAUGUUUGGGUGUGUCCUUUUUAACGAGAUCAAAUUGGAGAC